CCAUGCCGGGGCCGCAGGGUGUACAGUCACACAGCAUUGUUUGGGAGCAGCAGGAAUGUGAAGAUGGCUGCAGACCUGGGAGAGCUGCUUGUCCCUUACAUGCCCACCAUCAGAGUGCCCAAGUCAGGGGACCGAGUCUACAAGACGGAGUGCGCCUUCUCCUAUGAAUGCCCUUUGUCUGAAGGCGGUUUGUACGUGUGCAUGAGCACAUUCCUGGGGUUUGGAAGAGAACACGUGGAGCGACAUUAUAGAAAGACAGGGCAAUGUGUUUAUAUGCACUUGAAACGCCACAUAAGACAGAAAGCAACUGGAGCAUCUGGUGGAGCACUAUCAAGACGGAUCAAUAGCAAGCUAUUUUUAGACCUUGAAAUUGAUCCUGAUUUCAACAGUGAUGACUAUGAGUACGAAGAUGAAGUUAAACUUGUUAUAUUUCCAGACCAUUUUGAAAUUGCUUUGCCCAACAUAGAGGAGCUGCCAGCACUGGUUACUAUUGCCUGUGAUGCUGUACUAAAUUCCAAGUCCCCAUAUAGAAAGUUGGAACAAGAGUCAUGGGAAGACGAAUUACAAGUGUCAAAGUUUGCAAAUAAUCUUGUACAAAUAGACAAUGGAGUGAAGAUUCCACCAAGUGGCUGGAAGUGUGCGAAAUGCGAUCUUCGAGAGAACCUGUGGCUAAACCUGACAGAUGGCUCGGUGAUGUGUGGACGAUGGUUCUGCUCAGGCAGUGGAGGGAAUGGUCACGCAUUAGAGCACCACAAGCAAAUGGGAUAUCCAUUGGCUGUUAGGCUUGGAUCAAUUACACCUGAUGGAGCAGAUGUGUACUCAUUUGAUGAAGAGGAAGCUGUGAUGGAUCCCCACCUCGCCAAACACCUUGCACAUUUCGGCAUCGAUAUGUUACAGAUGCAGGGGACGGAGAAUGGCGUUUUGGAUAAUGAAGUUAAACCAAGGGUCAGUGAGUGGGAAGUCAUCCAGGAGACUGGGCUGAAGUUGAAGCUAAUGUUUGGCUCUGGCUACACUGGUAUUAAGAACCAAGGGAACAGCUCCUACCUCAGCACUGUGAUGCAGGUUAUCUUCAGCAUACCAGAAUUCCAGAGGGCUUAUGUAGGGAGCUUAACACGAAUAUUUGACUAUGCUCCUCUGGACCCAACCCAAGACUUCAACACUCAGAUGGGCAAACUUGGCUAUGGUCUUCUCUCUGGACAGUACUCCAAACCUCCAGCAAAAUGUGAAAUCAUAGAACAAGUGAUGAAAGAAGAACACAAGCCAAAGGGAAUUACAACUCAUAUGUUCAAAGCACUAAUGAGUAAAGAACAUCCAGAAUUCUCUUCAAAUAGACAACAAGAUGCACAAGAAUUUUUCCUGUACCUUAUUAAUCUUGUAGAGAGAAAUAGUACAGGCUUGGAAAAUCCCAGUGAUGUCUUCAGGUUUUUGGUGGAAGAACGGACACAAUGUUGUCAGUCACGGAAAGUGCGUUACACAGAGAGAGUCGAUCAUAUAAUGCAAUUACCUGUGGCAAUGGAGGCUGCAAAAAAUAAAGAUGAAUUAAUUGCUUAUGAUUUAAAAAGAAGAGAAGCAGAAAGUGCAAAAAGGCCGCCACCUGAACUUGUACGUGCCAAGAUUCCCUUCAGUGCCUGUCUUCAAGCCUUCACUGAGCCUGACAAUGUGGAUGACUUCUGGAGCAGCGCUCUCCAAGCCAAGUCUGCCGCCGUUAAGACUUCUCGUUUUGCUUCAUUCCCUGAAUAUUUGGUAAUUCAAAUUAAGAAGUUUACAUUUGGCCUUGACUGGGUGCCCAAGAAACUUGAUGUCAUGGUGGAUAUGCCAGAUAUCCUGGACAUUAACCACCUACGAGGAAAAGGUCUGCAGCCAGGAGAAGAAGAGCUCCCAGACAUUGCCCCCCCUAUUUUUAUUCCAGAAGAUCCAAAAGAUCGUUUUAGAAACCAAUUCAUGGAGCCUCCUGACAUAGAUGAGUCUUCAGUGAUGCAGCUAGCAGAGAUGGGCUUCCCUCUGGAGGCAUGUCGGAAGGCUGUGUAUUACACUGGAAGCAUGGGGGCAGAAUUGGCGUUCAACUGGAUAAUCGCACACAUGGAGGACCCCGAUUUUGCAGAACCAUUAACUAUUCCUGGCUCUGCUGCUACUUCAUCUGCGCUGCCGUCAUAUGAACAAACUGCUCUGGCUAACCAACCUCCAGAAGAGAUUGUUGCCUUGAUCUCCUCUAUGGGUUUCCAGAGAAAUCAGGCAAUUCAGGCAUUAAGGGCAACGAAUAAUAAUCUUGAGCGAGCUCUGGAUUGGAUUUUCUCCCAUCCUGAAAGUGUAGAAGAAUGUGCAAAUACUUCACAAGCCAUAGAUUCUGAGAUUAAUCAAAAUGGAAUUCUCACCAACAAUGAUGAAGGUCCUCAAAUUAAAGAUGGAAAUGGAAGAUAUGAACUCUUUGCAUUCAUCAGCCACGUGGGAACAUCUACCAUGUCUGGGCACUAUGUUUGUCACAUCAAAAAAGAGGGAAGAUGGGUUAUUUACAACGACCAUAAGGUUACAUCAUCUGAGAGACCACCUAAAGACUUAGGCUAUCUAUACUUCUAUCAUAGGUUACUUGGCUAAGAUUUAGGUGAGGGCUUAGGCCCAUAGAAAGCCAUAGACCGUUCAUACCAGCUAAUGCAAAGAUCAACAAAAGAAUGUCGGACUGCCAAAACUCCAGAUGAAAUCUAAAAUAUUUAUAGUUUUAUUUAUAGAGGAAAAAAGAUGCUUUAUUACGUGUUAAACUGGAAGUUUCUACUGCUGGAAAACAUAAGUUGGUUGUGCGCAAUGUAUAAUGAAUGAGUGAUACCUUUUACUGUACUGCAAACAUUAUGAAUGUUUUUCUUAGGGGCAUUAAUAUCUGGGAAUUUUUUUGUAAGAAACAAAUACUGAGACCUGGUUUUACAGCACAUUGAAGUUGAUGUAGUAAAGGAGUAGAAUGUUCUCACUGAGCCUUAAACCAUCUAAUUACAUGCAAGGGGAAUUCCUGUUAUCGUCAAUUCCCCUUCACAUGACUGCAUAUUUGAAGUGAAUGCAUGUUCACAGGGCUAAUAAAACCUUGACUCCUUUAGUAAAUGAA